GGUUACGCUCUCGGCGUUGUGAUUGGUGGGUCCGGACUCCGCCUCCAGUGCAUGUCAUUAGCAUCUCAUUAGUUGUCCGCUCGGGCUCCGGAGGAAGCCACCGCCGCCAGUCUGAGGCAGGUGCCCGACAUGGCGAGUGCUGUGCUGCCGAGCGGACCCCAGUGUGCGGCGGCGGCGGCGGCGGCGGCGGCGGCGCCUCCCGGGCUCCGACUCCGGCUUCUGCUGUUGCUCCUCUCUGCCGCGGCACUGAUCCCCACAGGUGAUGGACAGAAUUUGUUUACUAAAGACGUGACAGUGAUUGAGGGAGAAGUUGCAACCAUCAGCUGCCAAGUCAACAAGAGUGACGACUCUGUUAUUCAGCUACUGAAUCCCAACCGGCAGACCAUUUAUUUCAGGGACUUCCGGCCUUUGAAGGACAGCAGGUUCCAGCUGCUGAAUUUUUCGAGCAGUGAACUCAAAGUGUCAUUGACGAAUGUCUCAAUUUCUGACGAAGGAAGAUACUUUUGCCAGCUCUACACUGACCCUCCCCAGGAAAGUUACACCACAAUCACAGUCCUGGUCCCACCACGUAACCUGAUGAUCGAUAUCCAGAAAGACACUGCGGUGGAAGGCGAGGAGAUUGAAGUCAACUGCACGGCCAUGGCCAGCAAGCCAGCCACGACCAUCAGGUGGUUCAAAGGGAACAAGGAGCUCAAAGGCAAGUCGGAGGUGGAGGAGUGGUCAGACAUGUACACGGUGACCAGUCAGCUGAUGCUGAAGGUGCACAAGGAGGACGAUGGCGUCCCAGUGAUCUGUCAGGUGGAGCACCCAGCCGUCACCGGAAACCUGCAGACCCAGCGGUAUCUGGAAGUACAGUAUAAGCCUCAAGUGCAUAUUCAGAUGACUUACCCUCUACAAGGCCUAACCCGGGAAGGGGACGCGCUUGAGUUAACAUGUGAAGCCAUCGGGAAGCCCCAGCCUGUGAUGGUAACUUGGGUGAGAGUCGAUGACGAAAUGCCUCAACACGCCGUGCUGUCGGGGCCCAACCUGUUCAUCAAUAACCUAAACAAAACAGAUAAUGGUACCUACCGCUGUGAGGCUUCAAACAUAGUGGGGAAGGCUCAUUCGGAUUAUAUGCUGUAUGUAUACGAUCCCCCCACAACUAUCCCUCCUCCCACAACAACCACCACCACCACCACCACCACCACCACCUCCACCACCAUCCUUACCAUCAUCACAGACACCACGGCGACGACAGAACCAGCAGUUCACGAUUCUCGAGCAGGUGAAGAAGGCUCGAUCAGGGCGGUGGAUCACGCCGUGAUUGGCGGCGUCGUGGCGGUGGUGGUGUUUGCCAUGCUGUGUUUGCUCAUCAUCCUGGGGCGCUAUUUUGCCAGACAUAAAGGUACAUACUUCACUCAUGAAGCCAAAGGAGCCGAUGAUGCAGCAGACGCAGACACAGCUAUAAUCAAUGCAGAAGGAGGACAGAACAACUCUGAAGAAAAGAAAGAGUACUUCAUCUAGAUCAGCCUUUUUGUUUCCAUGAGGUGUCCAACUGGCCCUAUUUAGAUGAUAAAGAGACAGUGAUAUUGGAA